AUGAUUUUGUUGCUCGUCAACAGGCUGAAUUUUUCAAACUACGAAAAGAAUCUCGAAGUUGGACAAGUACUUGUUGUUGCUGACUUCUCAGAAAAUUACUCAUUUUUACUUCAAAACAGUGUCCAAGGAGCUUAUUGGAAUAAUAGUCAAGCGACAAUCCAUCCAUUUGCUUGCUAUUAUAGAUCCAUUGAUGAAAAUGUCGACAAUAUAGUACCUCUAAAUUUGAUAAUCAUUUCAGACAACUUGACGCAUAAUACAACAGCAGUUUAUAGUUUCCAGGAAGUACUGACAUCGUUUCUGAAAAAUAAAAUCCCAGACAUUUCUAAAAUAAUUUAUUUUUCGGAUGGUGCAGCAUCUCAAUAUAAAAAUCGGUACAAUUUGCUGAACUUGCUGCAUCAUGAGGAAGAUUUUCAAAUACCAGCGGAAUGGCAUUAUUUUGCAACUUCACAUGGAAAAGGUCCAAGUGAUGGUUUAGGCGGAACAUUAAAACGGAAGGUUGACAGAGCCAACCUCCAAUCUAAAGCUGACGACCAAAUUCAAACACCUGAUGAGCUAUUCCAAUGGGCAAAAGAAAAUAUCUACGAGUUCGUUGAAGAACCAGAUAUUAAAAGCAGGUUAAGAAAAAGAAAAGGAGCAACAACAGUAACUGAAGAAUUGAAGAAAAAAAAAUUUUCGUAACAGAAUGUCAAGUAAACUUACACGUAAAAAGCCCUAUUAAAUAAAUUAAUAACCAAUAAUAAACAAAUAUCAUUAAUGUUUUUUUUCUCAUCAUUA